AUGAAUAACAAGAACAACGGCGUCCGUCAAGGUGUGACUGGUGUUACCUCUACCGUGGGAAACCUCGCAGGUGGUCUGCUCGGAACGGUCGGCGGAGCAGUCGGUACAGUUGGCCGCGGUCUCGGUGGAACGAUAAACAAUACCACGGGGACAAAGGCAGUGGGGGAUGGGCUUGCAUAUGUAACCAACGGUGUUGAAAGCGGUGUAAACUCCGUGGCGAAGGGGGUUGAAGAUGCUGGGAAGGCACCGGGGAAAUAA